AUGAGACACAGCGAGGUGAAAGCCUCAUCUUGUUCUACCCUCCGUGAGCCUCGAGGGCUCCUGUGUUCUACCUACCGUGAGCCUCGAGGGCUCCUGUGUUCUACCUUCCGUGAGCCUCGAGGGCUCCUGUGUUCUACCUACCGUGAGCCUCGAGGGCUCCUGUGUUCUACCUUCCGUGAGCCUCGAGGGCUCCUGUGUUCUACCUACCGUGAGCCUCGAGGGCUCCUGUGUUCUACCCUCCGUGAGCCUCGAGGGCUCCUGUGUUCUACCCUCCGUGAGCCUCGAGGGCUCCUGUGUUCUACCCUCCGUGAGCCUCGAGGGCUCCUGUGUUCUACCUACCGUGAGCCUCGAGGGCUCCUGUGUUCUACCCUCCGUGAGCCUCGAGGGCUCCUGUGUUCUACCCUCCGUGAGCCUCGAGGGCUCCUGUGUUCUACCUACCGUGAGCCUCGAGGGCUCCUGUGUUCUACCCUCCGUGAGCCUCGAGGGCUCCUGUGUUCUACCUACCGUGAGCCUCGAGGGCUCCUGUGUUCUACCCUCCGUGAGCCUCGAGGGCUCCUGUGUUCUACCUACCGUGAGCCUCGAGGGCUCCUGUGUUCUACCUACCGUGAGCCUCGAGGGCUCCUGUGUUCUACCUACCGUGAGCCUCGAGGGCUCCUGUGUUCUACCUACCGUGAGCCUCGAGGGCUCCUGUGUUCUACCCUCCGUGAGCCUCGAGGGCUCCUGUGUUCUACCUUCCGUGAGCCUCGAGGGCUCCUGUGUUCUACCUACCGUGAGCCUCGAGGGCUCCUGUGUUCUACCCUCCGUGAGCCUCGAGGGCUCCUGUGUUCUACCUUCCGUGAGCCUCGAGGGCUCCUGUGUUCUACCUUCCGUGAGCCUCGAGGGCUCCUGUGUUCUACCUACCGUGAGCCUCGAGGGCUCCUGUGUUCUACCUUCCGUGAGCCUCGAGGGCUCCUGUGUUCUACCUUCCGUGAGCCUCGAGGGCUCCUGUGUUCUACCUACCGUGAGCCUCGAGGGCUCCUGUGUUCUACCCUCCGUGAGCCUCGAGGGCUCCUGUGUUCUACCUACCGUGAGCCUCGAGGGCUCCUGUGUUCUACCUACCGUGAGCCUCGAGGGCUCCUGUGUUCUACCUUCCGUGAGCCUCGAGGGCUCCUGUGA